AUGUUCGUUGUUGAUCGCUUGUUGUGAAACUGCGAUUAAUUUUAUUUUACAAACUAUUUUUUGACUUGAAUAAGUGCUAAAAAUGGCUGCUAAGAUCGACCAGAAGGCUUAUUUACAGAAAUAUUUAACUGGAUCGUCGGGUGACAAAAAGAAAAAGAAGAAAAAAGUCGUGAAAGGCAAAGGCAUCAAAUUGAUUGAUGAUGACAUAGACUUGUCCAAGCUCCGUCCACUAGACGGUGAUGAGUUUAUAUUGGAUGGGGGCGAGGAUGCCCCACAGAUUGCUGGCAUCAUUGAUGAGAGGCCCGAGGAGGUGCGGAAGAUGGAGCAGUUCAAGACUAGCUCCAAGUGGAAAGUUGUUAAUCAGGAUGAUGGUUUCAACAGUAGACUACAAGUACAAGAAAUAAAAAGAGACAUUAAAGAGAAAGAGAAAGAAAAUGAAGUAAUUUUCGGCAAAAUGUACAGUGAUUCCGAAGACGAAAACGAAUCAGAAAAAAAUAACUCAAAGACUAAAGAAAAAGGUUCUAAAAAGGCUCAAAAUAGUGAUAGUGAUAUUAGUCCGCCAAGGCAAAGAUCACCUCAAAAAGACAAGAAAUAUGAUUCAGAUCAAUCGCCUCCUAGAAAGAAUAGUCAAAAAAGAGAGAAGAGAAGAGGCCAUUACUCUGACGAGUCACCACCAAGAAGGAAAGAUCAAAGAAGUAAAAAGAAUUAUGAUUCUGACCAGUCACCCCCAAGAAAAGGGCAAGAAAGAAAGCAUUAUGAUUCUGACCAGUCACCUCCGAGAAAAUCUCAGAAAGAACAGAAAAGAUCAGACUUAUCACUUUCUAGAAAAGGUCAAAAAGAAAAGAGUAACAAUUAUGACUCUGAUGUAUCGCCUCCAAGAAAGAAUCAAAGAAAGGACUCCGAACAAUCACCACCAAGAAAAAGGGAAAACAGACCGAAAGAAAGAAGAAAACCGAGCCGUUGGGGAGAAUGGGAGAAAGAAGACUCGGAUAUGUCACCGCAAAGAAAAUCAAGUAAAAGCUCAAAAUCUCCUAAAAGAUAUUCAAGGUCACCACAAAGAAAGGCCAAGCACUCGCGCAGUUCUACCUCACCAAGGGCUGAUAAGAAUGAAAGAAAAAGAAAAUCGCCAAGGAGGGGUUCUGAUUCUGAUUUGUCACCACCGAGAAAACAGAAGAAUAAAGAUAAACGGAGAAAAUCGUCAGACUCUGACUUGUCGCCGCCUAGAAAGAAUGGUGCUAAGAAUAGAAGAAACAGUGACUCUGACCAAUCACCACCCCGAAGAAAAAAUGACAGUCCACCGCCAACCCACAAGAAAAUGGCUCGGACACUAGAUGGGAAGCUAGCCGGACUACAAGAUGCUGGACAACUGAGGCAGGAAAAUGAAUCGUUCAGGAGGAGAGAGGAGGAAGCCUUUAGUAGGAUGAACGAUGAAGUGUCGGGGAGAAAUGCUAAAGUAGUUUCUAGAAAGAGUAAAAGAGAAACAUCAGAAGAGAGGCAGAAACAGAAAGAAAAAGCGGAGAGGCAAAAGGAACUUGACGAGAAAUACAAAAAAUGGAGCAGAGGCCUAAAACAGAUUGAAGACCAAGAGUCCCGCGUCCAAGAGUUCAUGCAUGAGGCAUCCAAGCCUUUAGCCAGACAUAAAGACGACGCCGAUCUAGAGAGCAGUCUUAAAAACAUCGAGAGAGAGGGAGACCCUAUGCUGGCUUACAUGAGAGAGAAGAAGAGGGAACGAGGGGACCUGCCACCAGAACGGCCCACUUACAAAGGCAGUUUCCCGCCAAACCGCUUCAACAUUCGUCCCGGUUACCGCUGGGACGGCGUCGAUCGUUCCAACGGCUAUGAAAAAAGCUUCUUCGACCACCAGAGUAAAAGGCGAGCGCAGGAAGAGGAGGCGUAUAAAUGGAGUACUGAAGACCUAUAAGCGACCUUAUGGUUA